GACCCCGGCCCGUCGUGUUUCAGUUUCAGGUGAGCGACGACCGGGAGAUGCGCCUGCAGUUCGCCCGGAGCCCCCUGCGUUUCUGAGGCGGCGGCGUCGGUCCUGUGGCCUCAGCCGCGCUCGGUGGAUGAAAAUCGACCUCGGCCCUGCUCCCCUCAGCGGACAAUUCGUGUCUCCCAGGAGUGUCUCCGGCUGUUGGCAUCCCUCCUUGUUCUUUAAGCUACAAAAAGCAGCAGCUGAGUUUAUUUGAAGUCUGCCCUACCAAGUGUCCAUGAUGCUGGGCCCUGAGGAGGUGAAGGCUUUGUGGUCAAGCUCCGUGGCCUGCCCUGGUCCUGCUCUAUUGAGGAUGUGCAGAAUUUCCUCUCCGGCUGCAUAAUUCAUGAUGGGUCCGCAGGCAUUCAUUUCAUCUACACUAGAGAAGGCAGGCAGAGUGGUGAGGCUUUCGUUGAACUUGAAUCCGAAGAUGACGUGAAAAUGGCCCUUAAAAAGGACAGGGAAAGCAUGGGACACCGGUACAUUGAGGUGUUCAAGUCCCACAGAACCGAGAUGGAUUGGGUGUUGAAGCACAGUGGUCCAAACAGUGCUGACACUGCUAAUGAUGGCUUCGUGCGGCUUCGAGGACUCCCAUUUGGAUGCACCAAGGAGGAAAUUGUUCAGUUCUUCUCAGGGUUGGAAAUCGUGCCAAAUGGGAUCACAUUGCCUGUGGACCCUGAGGGCAAGAUUACAGGGGAAGCCUUUGUGCAGUUUGCCUCACAGGAGUUAGCUGAGAAGGCUCUAGGAAAGCACAAGGAGAGAAUAGGGCACAGGUAUAUUGAAGUGUUCAAGAGCAGUCAGGAAGAAGUUAGGACAUAUUCAGAUCCCCCUCUGAAAUUUAUGUCUGUACAGCGGCCAGGGCCCUAUGACCGUCCUGGUACAGCCAGGAGAUAUAUUGGCAUUGUCAAGCAGGCAGGCUUGGAUAGGAUGAGGUCUGGUGCUUACAGUGCAGGCUAUGGGGGCUAUGAGGAGUAUAGCGGUCUCAGCGAUGGCUAUGGCUUUACCGCUGACAUGUUUGGAAGAGACCUCAGUUACUGUCUCUCGGGGGUGUAUGACCACAGAUAUGGAGAUGGCGAGUUCACUGUCCAGAGUACCACUGGACACUGUGUCCACAUGAGAGGGCUGCCGUAUAAAGCUACAGAGAAUGACAUUUACAACUUCUUCUCUCCUCUCAACCCUGUAAGAGUCCAUAUUGAGAUUGGCCCUGAUGGAAGAGUGAUGGGCGAAGCUGAUGUUGAGUUUGCCACUCAUGAAGAAGCUGUGGCAGCUAUGUCCAAAGACAGGGCCAACAUGCAGCAUAGAUACAUAGAACUUUUCUUGAAUUCCACAACAGGGGCUAGCAAUGGGGCAUAUAGCAGCCAGAUGAUGCAGGGCAUGGGAGUAUCAGCCCAGUCCACUUACAGUGGCCUUGAGAGCCCAUCUGUGAGUGGCUGUUACAGAGCUGCUAGCUACAGUGGCCAGAACAGCAUGACUGGAUAUGACUAAUUUUAUAUUUUAUAAAGCAUUUGAGUUAUCAUUUUUCAUAGGCAACCAACAAGCAAUGAAAAGCAGUUAUUACUCUAGAAGAAGCUGUGGAAACCCAUUUUGCACCAUGAGUUUGUGAAAUCUGGAUUAAAAAGUUACCUCUUCAGUGUUUUCUCAUGCAAACUUUCUUCUGGCAUGUGAUAUUGAGUAAACUAAAACUUUCCAGUUUUUUGGUGUUUUUUUUUUUAAUAUUUUGGUAGCGUAUUUCAGGGGUGAUGUUAUCUGACUUCAACUAGUUUUAAGUACAUCAAAUGUGGAUCUUUUACACCAUAUCACCAUGAACACAUUGGGGAGAUGAGAUUUUUGGGAAACUCAAGGUGCUAGAUCCCUAAUUCAAAGAGGAACAUUUCUCAUGUUUGUUCAUUCUAGUUUAUUUUCAUUUAAAAUCUCUUAGGUUAAGUUUAAGCUUUUUAAAAGUUAGUUUUGAAAAUUGAGACACAUUACUAAUACUGUAGGAAUUGGUGAGGCCUUGACUUAAAGCUUUCUUUACUGUGAUUUCCUUUUGGGUGUAUUUUGCUAAGUGAAAUUUGUUAAAAAAAAUUUUUGUUAACUAAACUUUUUUCUUAAAAUAAAGACUUUUUCACAAUGAAA